AUGAACUGGAAAGCUCUCUUGGCAUCCAUUGGCCUCGCCGCCACUGGCGCGCACGCCCUCAUCCGUUUCCCUUGCGCUCAGUUGGUCACUGAGCGUCUUGACCCCCUGGUCACUCCCGGAGAGGUUUCCCCUCACGUCCACCAGAUCAUCGGAGGAAAUGCCUUCAACAUCACCAUGGACCCCGCCAUCGAGUACGCCAGGACUGCGACUUGCACGACUUGCAAGUUCAGGGAGAACAAGUCCAACUACUGGACUGCUGUGAUGUACUUCAGGCACCAGAACGGUUCCUACAUCCGAGUCCCUCAAAUGCCCAACCACUUGACUGGCAACCCCGACGGCGGUAUGACCGUUUACUAUAUCCAACCCACCAACCGUAACGUCAAGGUUACUGCUUUCCCUAAGGGUUUCCGUAUGAUCUCGGGUAACCCCAUGCGUCGCGCUCGAAGGCAAGGGCUCGACCCUAACAGCCCUGAGGCGUACUCUUCGAGCUUCCGAUGCUGGGAAGGCACUGGCUUCGGCGACCCAUCCAACUCCUUCCCUCCUGGUGCUGGCCGCUACGAUACCGUUGAGCUCCCCAAGAAGCCCUGCCCGGGCGGUAUCCGUGCCAACCUCUUCUUCCCUUCCUGCUGGGACGGCAAGAACCUCGACACCCCCGACCACUCCAGCCACGUCGCCUUCAUCCAAGGUCGUGUUGAUCCUAACCAGGGUAUGAUCUUGAUGGAGGGUACCUGCCCAUCGACCCACCCCGUUCGCCUUCCUCUCCUCUUCUUCGAGACUGCCUGGGACACUCGCCCAUUCAACAACAUGUGGCCCAGCGACGGUACCCAGCCCUUCGUUCUCUCGUACGGUGACCGAAUUGGCUACGGGCACCACGGUGACUACGUCUUCGGAUGGGAUGAGGGUGCUCUCCAGCGUGCUAUGGACAACUGCCACGAUCUCCUUGGUCUCCCGGACUCGUGCCGCGAACUUACUCAGCAAUCCGAUGCCGAGAUGAACCAGUGCAAGCAGCAGACUCGAGUCGCCGAGGUCGUCGAGGGUUCCUACCUCCCCGAGCUCCCAGGAUGCAACCCUAUCCAGGAUGGUCCCCAGUCGGCCACGAUGGUCCCCAACUGCCGUGCCAUCUCCACCACCAUCGGUGCUCCCCCCGUCGUCACCAACCCGCCUGUCGUCACCAACCCUCCCGUCGUCAACCCUCCUCCCGUCACCAACCCCGGUGCUCCUCAGCAGACUCGAUUCGGCCAGUGCGGAGGUCAAGGAUGGACCGGCCCUACCCAGUGCCAGCCUCCCUACUCUUGCCAAGUCUCCAACCAAUGGUACUCGCAAUGCCUCUAA